CAAAAACUUGAGGUGAUAGUUAAAAAAUAACGAAAGCAAAUAUUCCAAACUAAUUUUGGAAAUCAACUUAUCAAUUUAGUAAAAACAGGAAAAAGCAAAAAAAAAAAUUACAAGAGAUAAAAAAGUUAGAAACAAUAAAGAAUAAUUAAAAAUGGCACCUCUAAUAGAUGAAACAGAUGCUGAAAAAAACAUUCAAAUUUGGAGAAUCAAGAAAAUUAUCAAAAAACUUGAGGUUGCUAGAGGAAAUGGUACUUCAAUGAUUUCAUUGAUUUUACCACCCAAAUCACAAGUUUCAAUUACUCAAAAAAUGUUGACAGAUGAGUAUGGUACAGCUUCUAAUAUCAAGUCAAGAGUUAAUAGGUUAUCAGUUUUAUCAGCUAUUACCUCGACUCAACAAAAAUUGAAGUUGUAUAAUAAAGUUCCACCAAAUGGGUUAGUUAUAUAUUGUGGGGAUGUUAUAACUGAGGAAGGAAAAGAAAAGAAGUUGAACAUUGAUUUUGAACCAUUUAAGCCAAUCAACACGUCAUUAUAUUUAUGUGAUAAUAAGUUCCAUACCGAAUCAUUGGCAGAGUUAUUACAAAAUGAUGAUAAGUUUGGGUUUAUUGUUAUGGAUGGUAAUGGAGCAUUAUUUGGGGUUGUUUCUGGAAAUACUCGAACAGUUUUGCAUAAAUUUACUGUUGAUUUACCCAAGAAGCAUGGAAGAGGUGGUCAAUCCGCAUUACGUUUUUCGAGAUUGCGUGAUGAAAAAAGACACAAUUAUGUUCGAAAAGUAGCUGAAGUUGCAGUACAAAAUUUCAUUACAGGAGAUAAGGUGAAUGUCACUGGGUUGAUUUUGGCAGGUAGUGCAGAUUUUAAGACGGAAUUGUCGAGAUCAGAUAUGUUUGAUAAUAGAUUAGUAGCCAAGAUCAUCAAAGUUGUCGAUGUAUCGUACGGAGGUGAAAAUGGGUUCAACCAAGCCAUUGAGCUAUCAGCAGAGACUUUGUCGAAUGUCAAGUUUAUCCAAGAGAAAAAAUUGAUUACCAGUUAUUUUGAUGAAAUCUCUCAAGAUACAGGGAAAUAUUGUUAUGGUAUUGAAGACACAUUGAAGGCGCUUGAUUUGGGGGCAUGUGAAAUUGUGAUUGUGUAUGAGAACUUGGAUAUUAUUCGAUACACGUUGAAGGAUUCAGAGGGCAAAGAGGUUGUGGCAUACCACUCACCCUCUCAGCAUGGGGAAAAUAGCAAAGAUUAUCUAUUGGAUAAAAACACUGGGCAAGAAAUGGAGGCCGUCUCUGAUCAACCGCUAUUGGAAUGGUUGGCGGAACACUACAAAGAGUAUGGUGCUUCAUUAGAGUUUGUGACCGAUAAGAGUUCAGAGGGAGCUCAGUUUGUGAAGGGAUUUGGUGGUAUCGGAGCUCUUCUCAGAUACAAGGUGAAUUUCGAGCAGUUGGUCAGUGACGAUGAGGACGAGUUCUACAGCGACAACGACGCAGGAGCCGACGACUACGACAGCGAUUUCAUUUGAGCAUCAAGAGCCGCUGGAGAUGGUGGGUUGAUGUUCUGAAGAAGGUGGAAAAUAGGAUUCAGGGUGAGUGGCAGCCCAGAAAUAGUAUUGAGGGACGUUUUAGUUCUUUGAGUCUAUAGAGAAACACUGGUUAGAGCAAGUAGAUCCGCUAACAGUGGCCUCCGGCCAAGGCGCUCUGACGAGAAAUACACAGCAGCAACAGCACCAGC